AUGACCUACCGUUUCACACAUCUACGUUUUCCGACAAUGUGUUGGAAAACAGCAAUUUGGCGCGCCUGGCACGUACCAAUGAGGAGCCACUGUCCCGCUGAAGCAGCUGCUCUGAACGGCAUGAUAGCCGAAUACUCAGAGCGCAUAACUGCUCUCGAUUCCCGAGUUGUUGAUCUCCGAGAAUUGCGAGCCACGUUCCUACAGCAAGUCUCCCUGAUCGACGAAGAAGUAAAACACAUUCAGACGGAACGAGAGAAGCUCUCUGUUGCCAUCGAUACCAGGAAGAAAUUCCUCAGUCCCGUUAGGCGCCUCCCAUCCGAAAUACUCUGCCGCAUUUUCCGCGAAACUGUGGAUAAAACGAUACCCCGAACUUUAUCAAACCGGGAACGUAAUUGGUGGGAUUUCCGGGAUGUUCCAAGCACACUUUGGACAAUCGAGCUCGUCUGCAGACGGUGGAGGGAAGCUGUCAUAUCUUUCCCAGAGCUCUGGUCAUACAUCAACGUUAUCAUUACGGAUGACAACUUCUUCAUGGGUACAUAUCGCUAUACACGCCUUCUCAGUCGACAGCUUACAGAUGAGCUCUUAGGAGGAAUGGUGCUCUUUGAUAGCGCGCCUAAACUACGGACGAUAGAAGUGAUGGACAUCCAGCACCCUUCAUGGUCAUUUGCUCUCCCUUGGAAGCAGAUCACUUGUUUCGGAAGCGACCAUGCCCUUCUGCGCAAUGCACACUCGUCAUCAUUGCAGAUUUUGGACCAACUUCGGUCAAUGCCUAAUAUCGAAGAAUGUCAUUUGCGAUGCGAGGUAUAUCUCAAUUUCACUCCUGAGGAGCAGCCCCAGGUUAUCUGUAACAAGCUUCGUUGGCUGAACAUUUCGUCACGGUUAAUCCAUCAACGUCCAUUGUUCCAAGUACUCAGUCAGCUCACAGCCCCUGCUCUGUCAGGACUGUUCUUCGAUGGACGGGCGUUUAACAAGGAGCUCGAUGUCGACAAUACAUUUACGGCAAUCCGGAACCUUAUGGAUCGAUCCCAUUGCCCUUUAACAACCCUGCGUUUUGUUCACGGUCUAGUGUUGACGGAAGACAUCUUGAGCAUCAUAUGCUCCACACCUACUUUAGAAGAACUCCAACUUUCUCAUGUUCCCCUCGAAGCAUAUACACGGCCAUUUUUCGAUAAACUCACCAUCAAACCUGCCGUUCCUCCUGAAGAGGCUGUCACUCUUCUACCGCGUUUGCGUAUCUUGCACCUUUCCGGCGUAAUGUCAAAAGACUUUGACGCAGAGGGUUUCGUUAGAAUGAUAGAAUCCCGCUGCCCACCGUUUACUGACGCGGUCACCCGGUUGGAGUCUGUGGUUCUUUAUCGUUUUGUUCCGCCAGAGGAGCCGGACGAGGAUAUUACUCAGAUUCUAGCUCAACUGGACAACCUUCGACCAACAGGAGUCACUAUGGCCAUCUUCAAAAGGGCUAUGUCGCCGGCGGAAAGGGGUAUAUGGUAG